UCUUAGCCACCAGAGGGCGAUGCACACAGAACUUUAGACUCUAUGUCUCUCCUACCGACUCCAACGAGGAAGAGCAACCAGGAACCUCCUACAUACUUCCGUUUCCGGGCCUGCCUCUUUCUUUCCCUGCCGGUUGUGAUCUCGCUAACAUGGUGAACGUUCCUAAAACCCGCCGGACUUUCUGUAAGAAGUGUGGCAAGCACCAACCCCACAAAGUGACACAGUACAAGAAGGGCAAAGACUCUCUGUAUGCGCAGGGAAAGCGGCGUUAUGACAGGAAGCAGAGUGGUUAUGGUGGGCAGACUAAGCCGAUUUUCCGCAAAAAGGCUAAAACUACAAAGAAGAUUGUCUUGAGGCUUGAAUGCGUUGAGCCCAACUGCAGAUCUAAGAGAAUGCUGGCUAUAAAGAGAUGCAAGCAUUUUGAACUGGGAGGAGAUAAGAAGAGAAAGGGCCAAGUGAUCCAAUUCUAAGCUUCAUAUUUUAUCAUGAAGACAAUAAAAUCUUGAGGAUAUGUUCACUUCAUGUGGUCGGAGUUGAUCUUCUGGGAAAGAAAUAAACUAGUGUCAAUAAAAUUCCCCUUUGGGGGAAAUUUAGGCCUGA